GUUGCACGUGAAGAGUCAGGAAAGAAGAAGAGCAAAACCUGUGGGCAGGCGGUUUUGCUUUCCGCUUCCCCAAAAUGGCGGGCCGGCCGUCCGUCUCCCCUUUCCCAGGUGGAUUUCUUCCUCUCCUCUCCUCUCUCUCUUCUCUCUAGAUCCUGCCGCCGACGCGACCACCGAAAGCAGUCAGCAUCAUGCCGAGGUUUAAUGCGACCGAAUCAGCCCCAAGUCCAUGGAUUUCUUUCCCCAAUCAAUUCUGCCCAUCUUGCCCCUCCCCUGCCACCAGCAUCGAGCAGCCCAUGGUUUCGCUCUCGAGGUCUCCUCCCGCCCGCGUAUAACUCGCCCGCUCCUCCUUCCUCCAUCCCCCCCACCUCGCCACCACCACAACUAGUCUAUACCUAGCUGCGGCCGCGAAUCUGGAUAUCUGGUUCUUGCCCUUGCCCUGACGGGGGGACUUCUUCUUCUUCUUCUUCUUCUUCUUCUUCUUCUUGCUGCUGCGGACGUACCUCGCCCGUCGGCGAUGGGUGCGGAGUUUGAGGUGGCGGUGGCUGGAGUCGCCGCGCCGCCGGCGAAGAGGAGGCGCCGGAUGGUAGCGGCGGCGGGAGGAGCGAGGCGGCGCGCCACGAGGCGUGCGCCGGCGCCGCCGACCAGGGCCGUGCAGCGGCUCUUCCAGGCGAGCCGCGCCGUCUUCAGGGGCCCCGGCACCGUGCCGGCGCCCGCCGAGGUCGCCCUGCUCCGCGCCAUGCUCGACAGAAUGAGACCGGAGGACGUCGGCCUAAGCGCGGAUCUCAGAUUCUUCAAAGCCAGAGAAGCCGCCGAGGGGAAGACCCCCACGAUUACACAUACCACCAUAUACAAAUCUGAGAAUUUCUCGAUGGUUAUCUUGUUCUUGCCACCGAAUGCAGUCAUCCCCCUCCACAACCAUCCCGGGAUGACGGUGUUCAGCAAGCUGCUCCUUGGAUCGAUGCAUAUAAAGUCCUAUGAUUGGGCUGGUCCUGGUCCUGAUCCUGCCACGAGCGGCGCUAAUUCGUUGCCUGACGAUCGAUUGAGACUGGCAGAGCUGGUUGUGGACGAUGUUUUCACGGCGCCGUGCGACACAUCGGUCCUGUACCCAACAGCUGGAGGCAACAUGCACCGGUUCAAGGCCAUUGCGUCAUGCGCAGUCCUUGACAUUCUUGGCCCUCCUUACUCCAUAGAAGAAGACCGGGAUUGCACGUACUACACAGAGAUUCCAUACUCCCACCAACCGAGCAGUGACCUUGUCGAUAACGAACAAGAACGCCGGCGUCUCGCAUGGCUGAAAGAGAUCGACAUGCCGAAGGAGCUGAAGAUGUGCAGCGUAGCUUACGGCGGCCCGCCGAUCUCCGACAGGUGAACCCCCAAGUCAGCCAGCUGAUGUCAGAACUGCCAACCUUUGUGGAUAUAUCAGCAACACAAUGGAGCUCUUAGCCUGGAUUUCAGUUUGUACAUGAUGUCAGUGAUAGCAUGUCAUGAUGUAAUGUGCGAAUGUUUUGCUUGCUUUGUUUGUGCAUGCACCGUCAGUGUGGGCCUUGUCCAGUUCCUUUCUUGAUCUUCGGUUAAUACAUACUCAUCCAUAGAUUUCACUUAAUUAGGCUUGCUUGCAUAACUGUAUUCUGUUUUUCCUUGCAAGAUUAGAACAAUGAGAGGCCAAUUCUGACACGGUCUUCUCAUCGAGAUUUCUCUAUAUUUCCUACAACAUUUUCUCUUGGAACA